GGGAAGCACGUUCGCAUUCACCUAAACAAUUAAAAAAAACUCAAAUAUUUCAGAAGCUUACAGUUCUUUCACUAUCAAACAAACCCAGCCUGGGAGUUAUGCAACCCAUCACACACAUCCUCCCCGUGCCAAGAAGCACAAACACGGAGUGCGAAUACAGCCAUCACUAUUUACACAGACCCGGCCGGGUGGCGAUAACCGUAACUAUCGUCGCGUCGUCUGGUGCCAGUUGUAAACAAAGUGAAGAAAAUAGUCAACAAAUAUUCCGCUAAGGUUAUUUAUGAUGUACACACUGAGGCAAAAAGUUGUGUGGUUUGCAAUUAGUUCACGCAUAUUUGUGCUUCUUGCUCAAUGUGUAUUUAAUGCUAUCAUUCCUGAUCAUGAUGCUGAAGAUGUCUUCAGACGACCCAUUUUACCAACCAAAGAGGAAAAGUUUCUUGAUCGCUUAGUUGAUGUACUAUUAGGUGGACUUGAGAGAUGGGAUGCUCAAUAUUUUCUCCACAUCGCUGAGCAUGGAUAUGUGUACGAAAAUACUCUGGCAUUUUUCCCACUGUUUCCCAUAACUGUGCGCUUCUUGUCAAUAUGUCUAAACAUACUCACUAGGGGACUGAUGUCUUAUAGAAGUCUCCUCCUCAUCACGUCAGUCUCGCUUAAUACAGUUUGUUUCGUGAAAGCAGCUGAUGCUCUUUUUCACUUAAGCAUUAAAGUGCUGGACAACGAAGCUUGGGCUUAUAAAGCCGCUUUAUUGUUCUGCAUCAACCCAGCCAGCAUUUUUUUCUCAGCUCCAUACUCAGAAGCAAUGUUUGUAUUGCUUUCAUUUCAAGGCAUGAGACAUUCUAUAGACAGACAAUAUUCUAAACUUAGUGCAAUUCCUUUUGGAUUGGCUGCAGCUGCCAGAUCCAAUGGUGUUCUUAAUGUAGGGUUUAUAAUUUAUUGUAGCAUGAAACAGUUCAUUUCAGAAGAAUGGCCGAUUCUAUCAAGAAAAAGGGGAUUCAAGAAUAAGUUACUGUUGCCAUUAAAAAUUGUAUAUUCCAUUUCCCGCCUCUCCGAGUCAUGUAUUAUAGCUUUAGCCCCAUUUAUGGCUUACCAAGUAUACUGUUAUGUACUAUUUUGUACCUCACAAAAAUUAUACAUUCCAGAAUAUGUGCUUGAAUAUGGUAGAGAACGUAACUUUAUAUUACCUCAAUUCAGUGAAAACUUUACAAGGGAACCAGACCAUUGGUGUUACUUACCAUUCCCCCUGGCAUAUUCAUAUGUACAAAAUCAUUAUUGGAAUGUUGGCUUUUUACGGUACUACCAGUGGAAACAGUUUCCUAAUUUUAUCCUAGCUGCUCCUAUUGUUUUCCUUGUUCUGUGGAAUUCAAAAAUUUACUUUCUUCAAAACAAAAAAAUACUUUUAAAUCUUGGAUUGAAACUUGGAGACAAAACAGAGAAGUCAGAUGAGCUGCAUUCCAAAAUGCCAGCAAACAUGUUUGUGUUUGUAGUCCACGUCGUGUUUUUGACAAUCUUCUGUAUGGCAUUUGUUCACAUCCAAGUAGCAACAAGAAUGAUUUGCUCAGCAAGUCCAGUCCCUUAUUGGUUUGCUGGAUACAUGCUUAAUUAUAGACUGAAAAGUGGUUCAAGUAGUAAAACAAGAGAUCCUAAAACAUUAGUGACUAGUCAACUUAAGAAACUCCAGGCUAGGAGAUCUAAAUAUGGUGUUUACAAAGAGUCUAGUUUAUCAAUAGAGUUAUUAGACAACAUGAAUAGUAAGUGGCAAGUAAUUUUAUUAUCCCACACACCUAACAGUCAAGGAAAAUGGGUACUGUUGUAUUUUUCCUUGUAUGCUCUUAUAGGCACUGUUUUGUUUAGCAAUUUCUUACCAUGGACCUAAUAUUGAAAUAAAAGAAAUCGAAAUGAUAUUCCUCAA